AAAAAAUAUUACCUGCUGUCAGAAUUUUAUGAUACAUUUUGUAAUAGUUUGAUUUUCUUGUGUACAAUCAUGCUUUUGCAGAUUAAAGUUUAUUUAGUAGCGGUCACAUACUUCCUUGGUGCUAUUUUCAUGGUCUUAUUUCCACCAAGAAAUUUUGAACUAUCUGGGGCUAAAAUAAGAACCACGAGAAGUGCCGGUGACUAUAUAAAAUUUAAGCAGUACGCCAAUCAGAAAAUAGUGAUGGCUACGCUGGAACGAUUCAGUCGACAUGAUCCAGAAGUGGUGAAUGUGAUGCACUUGGCUCCGCUCACAUUUGAGAACCGGAGUAUUAUGGCGGUGGAGCUGCGCAGUGAUAAACAAACUAGAAAACCUGGUAUCCUUAUAAUUGGAGCACUAAACGCGAUGUCAUGGGGAGCGACUAAUGCUAUAUUGGAGCUGGCUGAGAAGUUACUCUAUGAUGCAAGCUACCAGACACCGUUCUUCAAUGAUUACGACUGGUACCUGAUUCCGCUUGCAAAUCCUGAUGGUAUCCAAUUCACGCAUGAGAUGGAAUCACGCCCUCCUGUGGACUUCGAUGAAUGGGCGCGCAACGAAACCCUGAGACUUCACACACGACCAUCCCAAUGGCACAAAAACGUUGAAAAGAUUGCCGAAGAUAAAGAAUCCUGUUUUGGGACAAACAUCAAUCGCAAUUUCGCUUAUCAUUGGCAAGAUGAUGUUCACAAAACACCACCGCGUUGUUGUCAGUACUACCCUGGUCAAAAACCCUUUUCCACCUCCGAAGCGAGAGCCAUUCGCACUUAUGUCGACAAACUGGGGGAUAUUAUUAGCCUGGCAAUACAUUUACAUGCAAGUUUCUCACCGAAAAAGGAGUACAUACUUUACCCAUGGCGUUAUUCACUCCGAACACCGAGUAACUACCGCACUUUGCAAGAGAUUGGAGAAUAUGCCGCCAGGCAGGCGCGAUUGCCGGAUGGUCGACUUUACGAGGUCCACCAGAGCAGUAACGACGAGCGCGUGGCAGGGACGCUGACCGAUUACAUAACCGGUGUUGCGGGCAUAGAUCUUGUGUUUAUCCUCAAGCCGUACCACCAAAUGUUUCCCAGCUACACAGAUACCAGCAAUCUGGGUAUAUACGUGAAGAAAGCUAUUAAUACGAUCCUGAGCGUGGUGCGUGGUUGGCGCAGCAGUACUAAACAGAACACGCUGUCCUUUUCGGAAAAGAUGUUGAAUUCUAAAAUAAAAUGAACCAGAACUUCUGAAAA